AUGGAAGGCUCAAGUACAGAAAAUGGAGAGAAACAUACAGCCGAAAAAACGGAAGGCCAAGAAAAUAACAAGGAUGAAAGCUUUCGGCAGGAAAUUGAGGACAUAGUGCGAGGUUUCAUAAUCGAGAAAGAUAUUUUAGCUCAGAGCCACGAAGAAGAAAUCAACCGCAUGAAACAACGCUUUGACCUAGAAAGAAAACAGCUUUUGAAACAAUUGGAGAUGGAAAAAGAACAAAUGAUUGAAGCUUCUAGAAUAGGUGAAUCAGAGAAAGAAGUAAGCUUCGCGCUCUCGAAUGCAUUUGUUUCUGAAGCUGGGCGAAUGCAAUCGUUUUCUCACAGCUCUGGAGAGGGAAAUCAAUUUGCAAGUGGUUUUCAUCGACAGUCAAACGGUGUUCUUGACAUUGACGAUGUAGAUUCCAAUUUAAUACGAGAAAUUGCCGAGGUCUACCUUAGAAUAAACAAUGGUACUCUGACAAGUCAAAUGCGUCCCGAGUUAGACCUCGAAGAUAAAUACGAGAGAGAAAGAGAGGCGUUAGAAAGAUCAUUUCACUUAGAGAAAAGGGAGCUCAAACGAAAACUUGAAGAAGAUUGCUAUAGAAGGCUGGAACAAGAGCGAAUAAAAUACGAGGGGAACAUAGCGGAUUUAAAGACGACGAUUUCCGAGCUUCAGUGGCAGAAAAGGGAAGCAGAAAACCUCACGAGGCAUGAGAAAGAAAAAUGGGAAAUGAAUACAGAAAGGGAUAAAAAUGAAACUGAAAAAAGACAUUUGCAGAUUGUCCAAGAAACUAGACGAAAAUUAGAGGAGAAGCACAGUAGUGAGCUUGAAAAGCAAAGAAACAGAUACGAGGAGAAUAUUUCGGAUCUACAGACUGACAUUUCUAAGUUAACAAUGCAACUGAAAGAACUAAAUGAGAAUCUCAAUCAGGAAAAAGAAAUCAUAGUGACCAAGUUCGAGAGAGAAGUCAAGGAAAUGGAACAAGCGUUUCUGGAACAGAGGAAUUCGUUGAAGGCCAAUUUCGAAGCAGAAUUCAUGAUGCGGAUAGAGAACGAGACGUCACUACUCAAAAGUCUAAACAUCAAGUUAAAAGAAGAUUUGGAAAACAUGGAGAAAGAAAAGAAAGAAGUAGAGAAGAGAGGAAAAGAAGACAAAAGGAAACUCGAGGAAAGAUUUGAAGAGGAGAUAUCAGAAAUGGAGCAACGGCACUCUGAAGAAAAACGUGCGUUAAAACUAAAACUUGAAGAGAGAUACCAGCAAGGGCUUGUCAGGGAAAAGGGAGCACUAGAGGAAACAGUUCAUGAGUUAAGCGAGGAAAUAGCACUUCUUAAACAAGAAAAUGCGCAAAUGGAAAUUACAUUUGCAGAAAGAAGGGAUGAAUUACAGAGACGACUAGACAUCGAGAGAGAGGAGAUGAAAAGGGAGGCAGCUAACAAUAGAGAAGAGAUUCGGAUGCACGUUGAAAAGGAGCUUUCUCAAAAGUUCAUGCUUGAACAAGAGACCCGAGACGAUGCGUUCCGACAUCGGGAACGCGACGUAUUGGUAAUUCAAGCAAAGUAUGAUGAUCUUGAGAUGCAACUGAAUGCACUGUGUCAAGAGCGGGAGAUGCUGCUCAGAGACAAAGUGAACCUGGAAGAAAAUCUAAAAACUAAGGAGAAGAGAUUGACGGAAUUGAACAGUGAAGGAAUCUCGGGAGGAAAUCAGGACGGGAGCUCAAAAAUGAAGGAAUUAAUCAGAGAGAAAGACAACGAGUUAGCAGGCGUUAAGUUCGAGAACCAGCAACUAGAGUUAAGCCUUUCAGCGAUGAAACGCGAAAAAGUUGAUAUGGAAGAUGAGAUAGUAAAUCUAAAGCGGCGAUUGUCAAAUUCCCUGCAACAGUUUGGCAACUUCGGAGAAAAUGUCAGCAGUGAUUUGAAGUCUUUACAAGAAAAGUCGAGAAGAAAGGAUGAACAGGAGCUAAGCUCCCUGCAGCGUGAUAAGCACGAACUUGAAAUUCGUCUCUCCUCCGUACAGCGUAAGAACGACGAAUUAGAGGAUGAACUUGCAAGUUUAAGACGCAAAAAGCUAGAAGUCGAGGAUGAAAUAUCUGCUUUAAAACGAGAUAAAGCUGAGUCCGAUAAUCAAGUGACUUCACUAAUAAGGGACAAAGCUGAACUUGAAGAGCUCAUAACGAAUUUAAAGCGAAAACAAAGCAACCUAGAAGAUACCAUGUCCGCGAUGAAGAGAGAAAAGGUGGAACUUGAGUACGAGGUUUCCGUUCUGAAACGCCACAACUCCACCAUGGAGAUCGAAGUUCACAGACUUUUCAACGAUCAGCAGGAAAAUUCACACCCUAUUUAUCACAAGCAUGAACAUGAACAUGUUUCGCGCAAUAAUACGUACGGAAUCAUCGAUGCACGUGCUGGGGAAAUAAAGUCUCAAUCCAAAGACAAUUCGGUUUUUGACGAUCGAGAAGACAGCACAGACAAUGGAAGAAAAGUCAGUGAAAUGAACAAGGUGAUCUCAGAUUUAACAAGGCAACAGCAUGAGUUAGAGAGCUCUAUAAGACGACUAAGCGAAGAAAAGGCUGAUCUAGAAAAGGAUUUACACAUGCAGCUAGAAUACAGACGCAAUGUGUCGCAUCAAGAGACCGAAAGUGUCAAAGGGAGGGAGGAAAAUGAAGCCAACUGGGUUCCCCAGCGACAGAAAGAUGGUUUGGAAAGACGAAUAGUUUCACUGAAGGAGGAACAAGCCGAACUUGAGAGCAAAGUGUCCCAGCAUCACAAAGAAGUGAAGAGUCUGGAAGAAAAACUCGAUAAUUUAAAAGAUGAACGCGCUACGCUGGAGAGCGAUGUCAGGACUUUGAGACAUGAAAGACAAAGCUUUUCGAAAAUGAUUGAAAAUGCUGAAAAAGGACACACAGCUGAAACGAGAGAAGGCAAAAGGCAAAUGCAAUUGAGCAGCCCCCGAGGUAAGGAUGAAAAGUCUGCAGUAGCCAGCAACGAGCAGCAAUUUACCGCUUUGAGCCAUGAGAGAGAUGCAAUUCGAGCGGAGCUAACCACUUUGAAGAAGCAAUUUGCCAUGCUUAAAACAGAAGUCUCGACAAAGUCCAUUCACAGGGAUACUAUUGACAUUGACGAAUAUGAUAUUUCAGAGCUGAAAGGAAUUCGCGUUGAGUUUGAGAGAGAAAUUGCUGUUCUCAGAAGGAGAAAAACGGAUUUGGAAGCGGCUAUCGGUGAAGUGCAAGAGGAUACGAGACGGGAAGAAUACGAACUAAAAAAUAUGCGAAAACAAAGAAUGGAACUUGAGCUCCAGAUUACAGCUUUGAAGAGCCAAAAUACAAGACUGGAGGCCGAGGGAUCAGUGUUAAAAGAUGAGCGAAAGAAAAGCGAGUGCGAAGUAGAUGGUUUAAGGAGGGAGAAAGCUAAUCUGGAGAAAGAGAUAUUUAGCUUGCAGAUCAGAGCCCUGCAAUUUGAAAGCACAGGAACAGGAUCUGAAAGGGAUUCGACAAAAUAUAAGAAACAGCAAGAUGAGAAAGACAUCGAAAGACAAACAAAGAAACAAGACGUGAUCAGUUUGCAAAGCGAAACAGACAGACUUGUGACUGAAAAAAAUAACUUGGAAAAGAAAAUGCUAAGUUUGCAAAGCGAGCAACGCAGUCUUGAGGAUGAGGCACGUGAUUUAAAAGAACAGCAAAGCAGAGAUCACUACGAGGUAGACAGGCUAAGAAGAGAAAAAUUUAAUUUGGAAGAAGACGUUGUUAAUUUGCAAAGCGACAAGCGUAGAGAAGAAACUGAGAUCUCCUUGUUAAGAGAGAAGCGAUACAAAGAGGAGAGCGAUGUCCAAAGGCUAACCCAGGAAAAAACAGACUUGGAGAGAGAUAUAUUGAGCUUACAGGUCGGAAAAGAAAGACUUGAAAGCGGCACUCAAAUAGGUGAAUAUGUUUGGAAAGAGAGCAGCCAUGAUUUAACUGGUUUACGGGCAGCACUACAGGACUUCACCGAAAAUGUAGAGAGCUUCAAAAAGCAGAAGGAAGAACUACAGUCCGAGAUGACAAGGAUAGAGGCAAUCAAAAAACACGACGAGGAAGAACUACGAGCUCUUCGGCAGGAAAAGACAGAGAUGGAAAUCGUCUUAUCGAGAUUGCGGGUGGAAUGUAACAUCGAAGGACGGGAAGAAGACAGUCAAGAACACUCCCAAUUUAACAUACCACAUUCCCAGGUAACUAAUUCAACCAAACUUUAAGAACCAGUUACCCUUAGGUAAAUCUAAAUUAAUGAAUAUCAUUCUUGCUUUGUCCAAAAUUGGAAAACCCAUCGAGCUCGAAAAUUGAGGCGCAUAUUUGCGCAAGGCGGCGACGAACGCACAGGGGACCCGAAGCAGUAAACCUUAACGGUCGUUGUUAAUCUUGCUCGUUUGGACACCCUUACUAAAUAUUAUAUGGUUAUUAGGUUUCAUCGGUUUUUCCUUCUGUUAGUGCAUAUGUAACAGGUUUGACUUGACAAGAAGAAUAUAAAUUACUGCACUAGACAAAAUGGACUAUUGAAUUCCCUCACCUAGGGGCCAUAAGCAAAGCCAUUGCAGUACUUUUCUGUAACAAAGUGGCUGUUUUAAACCAGGGAAAAAAAACUGGGACAUGAUCUGCUAAGAUAAGCAAUGCCGUAAAUCAGAAAAAAAAGCAAGUCUAAAAAAAGAUGAAAGGCGACGACUUUUAAAACUUAAACUGACCAACCAAUUUUCCUUUACGCCUCUUAUUUUAGGCGCAGCUGGGAAACAUCAAGGAAGGGCUUUUAGAGGAAAUAACAAAGAUUCAGACAGCCAAGAAUCAAGAAGAAAACGAGCUACAAAAGCUGCGACAACGGAAGUUAGAAAUGGAGGCUUAUAUUUACCAGUUACAGGGUGAAAGAGGGCGUUUUGAAAUGGAAAGAGAGCGAUCUGAGCUGGGACCGCGUGAAAAGAUGAGGGAUGGUAAAUAUUUGACAGAUGAUGAUACGAAAUCAGGUAGUGUUGUACUUCACAAUGGAGUGAAAAGAGAAGAGGGGGAUACCUUACAUAAUUCCCACCUAGUCUCAGCCAAUACAUACAACCUCAGUUCCUACAGUUCAGAAGCAACUUUGAUCAAUAAUUCUUACUCCUACAACCCUCACCUUGCGUUCAUUCAAACGGACGAGACAAACGGAUUUGGAGGUUCUAUGUCAAGCAAAGAUUCCGUCAAAGAAGAUAACGAUGUGAUCUCCAUGAAAAGAGAGAGAAGCGAGCUAGAAAGCCAAGUCAAUGAUCUACGAAUACAAUUGACACAAUUACAGACAGAAGUUACAAGUUUAGAAAACAGAAAAACUAUGCUAGAAACAAUACAUGGCAGCUAUGUCUCUGAAAGUACGAAGACGGGACAGAUGAAUGGGCGAGGAGUAGGUGUUGACUCUGAUGUGGAUUUGGAAAUUACAAAGACCAUCACAGAGGUAACGAAAAUGAAAAAAAUUGCUACCUCUGCAAACAGUUCGUUUGUUACACCAUGAAUGCAGAAAUAUCACUCAAAAGCGUUGAGUUCUCUAAACACCCGGGAAACACAAAGUCAUAAAAUUAAGAAAGGAAAAAACUGCUCAUGGAAUAGCUUUUCACAUCUCUCAAGUGUUUUGAGAUUCUAACGGGCUUGCUUAAGUCAAAAAUGUAUUGGUGAUAAGUAAAACAUACAUUUUUUUUUCAGAAACAUUUGACUUAAUUCUUUGUGCACACUUAUUGAUGACCUUGGUCACGUGUAUUUUAAUGUUCACUGGAUUUAGGAGAUGGGGAAUGUGCACUGUAGUAAUGCAAUGUCUAACCACCACACACGCCCAAACAAUAACAGCAUUAAGGCUCAUCUCUUAUGUUUAAGCCAUCGCAAAAGCAUCAAGAGUUACUAUGGUAACCAUGAUUUUAUUUCAUUGAACUACAGGACAGGAGAGAUUUGCUAAUCCAGGAAUAUGAAGAGCAGAUUCGAGAGCUCAGGCAGAAAAAGGUGGAACUGGAACAGAAAGUGAGUGUCUUGGAAUGGCAGCUUGAAAAUAUGAAACAGAAGUUAGAACUUCAGGAAAUAAGUCACAGACGAGAGAUUAGCAGUUUAAAUGAGAAGGUAAGCUACUGAACUUUUUAAAUGAAUUGGCCUGUUAGUGAAAGCACUAACUGGAAAAUAAUGAUGAUAAUAAAUAAUAACAGAAAUAAUAAUAAUAAUGAUGACGAUGAUGAUGAUGAUGAUGACGAUGACAAUGACAAUGAGGAUGAAGAUGAGGAUGAUAAUAAUUAACAAUUAUUGUUUGAAAUCGAGGAGAAUAGUGGCUGAAUAUUUACCGAGCUGUGAGGCGGUGAGGUAAAUAUUCCUAAAGCCACUAUUCACCGAGAUUGGAAAGAAUAAUGGGUAUUGUUUUAGUAUAUACACACAAAGCAAUCUCAAAUCAGAGAGGAAACCAUUAAAAAGUAUGAUUUGAUUGACAGAUCAAAUCACGCGAAAGUUUAAAAAUAGAUCUUUGUAGAAUUUUCAAACAUGGCAAUUCACAAGCUUAUCACUUCGCAAACAACAGUGUAAUGGCUUAACUGGAACCGUUAAAAGCUUGAAUUGUUUCCUUACCUGAGAAGAAAAGUAGGACUUUGUUAUUUUCUGUUGACUUGCCAAGUUUGUAGCCGAAAAGGUUUGUUGUGUCAUUCUUCACAUGACAUUCUGACAAAAAUGGCAGCACGGUUCCUCGCGGUAAGACGUCGUCUUCAUGUAGCAUUCUUUCUCCUAUUUACUUGAAACAUAGAAUUUCUGCAAACAUUUGCUUUCAAAUUUUUUAAUCACAAAUAAAUCUCAAUUUUUGGGCCAAAUUUUUGUUGUUAGGAAACGCUGACUUCACAAAAUGGCCUCUUCUACACGAAUAAACGGGAGUUGUAAACAAUCCAUUAACCACAAAAUUCAGCUACAGUAAAUUGAAAAACAUCGUUUUAAAUCCUUCAAAGUCUUUCCUUGCCUAAAAAAAAGUCAACCCUAGGAUUUUGUCGACUUUUAAAAGAUCAUUCUCUAAAAAAAUGGGUAAAAAACCUUGCUCACACAUUAUUCACUCGCUAGAAGGUGAAUAUUGUUGAAUAGUCGAACCAAUCAGAUUGCUUUAUCACUAAGAUCACUGAGUGUAUAUACGAAUGAUAAAGAUAAUGACAAUGAAUGAUAAUGCUUUGCUAAUGCUAAUUAUGCUAUUAUGCUAAUGAUAAUGAUGAGGAUAAUGAUAGUACAAUAACAGUACUAGGUAUCUUUAGUCUUAACUCGUUUUGUUGGGUAGCAAUCUCACCUCUAAAAAUGCACGUCUCACUCCAGAACCAGUCUCUGAAUGGUUACCAUGGCACUGAGAGAAAAGAUGACACCCUCCAUGAAUUUUACCAGAAGCUUUCGUAUUUCCUGAUGUCAGGUGAACACAGCAACAAGGAAAUCAUGGAGGAGAUUGAAAGGCAGAUUUCAAAUCUACAAGAGAAGGUGAAUGUCAUUUAUUUCUGCCAUAACCAUAGAUUCUGACAAAAAGUGGCGACCUCUCGAAGCAUAAACAUAAUUCUACGAGUAGAGCUGAAUAACUUGUUUUAACUUGUCAGUCCUCUGGUUGAUUACCUGUUUGUAAACCAAAGUUGCAGAAGGACCUGUAUCAGAAUUUGGGUCUGAUUUUAUGCUGCAAAAAAAUCAACAUCAGUCUGCCUGAUUGCUAUGUGCGCCACAACCUGGUGGUUUCUGAUCCCAUUGUAAGCAGUUGUUGAAACCAAUCCCUGAGUUCAAAAGGCUGCUACCUUGAUUUCAUAUUAUGACCAGUCGAUUUGUACUCUUUCCAGUUUUUUAUUACACCACAUUAAGAGAUCACAACUAGUGGCAGCCUCUCAAACUUAGCAACUACAAUCACACAACAUGGGACGUUUAAAAUAGCCAAGUUCUGGCUCUGUCAGACAACGCCGGGAAGAGGGAAGUAAGAACUGGAAAAAAAGGCGUAAAACCUGACAAAUGGGAAUCCGGUCGUUUCUCUCGAUCUGUAAUUAUCAUUCUUUAAACUUUACUGAAAAAAAGUAGCCGAAACCAUGCAAUUCCCUGCCUGUCGUUUAAUAUAACGUUGUUGUCCGCAUUAGGCUAAUCAAAAUAACGGCAACAAAAAUUCUUCUUACCCUUGUUUGCUACCUUGGUGUAGCAGCCUGAUUCCUGUGGGUUUGCCUGUCGUUUAAGUAAGAAUGGAAGCAAUUUUCGCGCAACCUGCAGAAAGACCCAAUUUCCUUUUCGUCUGCCAUACGGACUGAGCUUCUUAAAUUCAGCAGGGAGCGUGUCGCUUGGGCUUGAUCUUGGGUUCCGAUCCAUGGGAAAAGCGACCAUUCGAUCUGUUUUUUCUUAGCAACUGCAGCCCUUAAGCAAUUCUUGUCAAAGUAGGUGUCUAAAAUCUGCUAAAAUGCAGUAUUUUCUUCGUAAACGAACAUAUCCAUAACAUUCCGCCAUAUUUUUAUUUCCAAUAUCCCGCGGUGAAAAUGGCUGCGAAAAAACUGGUAACAAAUAAGGCAGGCAGCAUGGCGAAGCGUGACAACUCUGUAACGCAAUUUGAUGUCUUUAAAUAAAUAAAUAAAAUAAAAUAAGGUAAAAUAAAUAAGUAAAUAAAUAAAAAGAAUGAAAUAAAUAAAUCACGCAACAUUUCUUAAUUUGCUUAUGAGCAAUCCAUUUUGUGUGUUGCAGGCAGAUUUUGAUUACAAGAACACAAAGGAGUCUCUGAGUUCGCCGUCCGUUAAGUUGGAAAAAGACAAGAUUACCUCAGAAAGUGAAGCAAGGCUGGCUAGAGAGUAUGCAAGCCAUUUGAAAGCACAGGUGAGAGACACGAUAAUAGCGCGUUGUUGGCGCGAUAAAAUACAUUUUAAGCUACGGCCGUGAAAACGGGCAAAAAAAACGUGAAGCUCGUUUUGCAAAACUUCCGCGAAACUAGUUGAAAAGGAAUUAAAUGUUUCGCGUUUUUCUACCCACGUUCUAACCUGUUUCGUAACAAAUCAGGUUGUUGCAACUUUUUGCUGAAUACUGACUUCCGAUUGGAUAAAAUUACGCGGGAGUCACGCUAUACACCGUAGUUACGUCACUUGUCUCAAAACAAGUCUGUCUUGGGCCGGUAAAACGCGCAACUACAUGUACAGAUUUUGUUGCAAACUGAGUAGUACUACUCGCUACUUUCUGCAAAAUUUUUUCACAACCUGCAACGCUGGUUUGCUGUAAGACAGGUUGGUUAAGACACGUGCCUGGCGUGUAAAAUCACUAUUCAUUCGUUUUGCAGCAAUUUAAUGUUGCAAAACAACCGAAGUUGCACGUUUUUGCUGCAAGUUUUAGGGUACCUCAAGAAAAUCGGCCAUAAUCGGUUUGUGCGUGGCCUUUUGCGCGAUGCCUUCUCUGCGGUAGGUCUCGGGUUCCAUUCCCAGAUGUGACCUGAAAUCCUUUGUUUCGACUUCUUUAAUAACAAACCGAAUUGGGGCAAACAUUGAUAACAGAAUCAACAACACAUGCGAUUGAACAAGAUGGUAAAUCUAUUGACUCCUAUUAGCUCACUUUGACUCACCGGAUUACCUUACAUAGUAGGGCGAUAUUGAAACUCGCGCUUAACCUUUGUACUGACCUGUAGUCAUCUCUAAGUUGAAAUGAUUUUGUUUGUACAGAUGGAAACUGCAGAUAACCAACUCAAAACGUGCGAGAAAAUAAUUCAUCGGCUUUAUGGUGAAAACAACGAUCUCACGAAGGAAAACCUCAAUCUUGAAGGAAAGUUGAAGACUGCCUCUCGCUCCCAAGACAAGCUCCAACGUAAAAAAAUCCUUUUGCAAAAACUAGUGGAUAAACUUAGUCACCAUAUUGGAAAAGACUUACAGCACCAAUCCUUUUUAUUACUUGAGCUAGAUAAAGAUGUUUCUUUAUGA